AUGAAUACAGGUCCAAAAUUUCGUCCAGUUUCGGCAAUGAGUUUGAGAACAAAAAUUCGUGAGGACCACUUAACUUGCCCGAUAUGUUUUGGUGAGUUUGAUAAACCCAAAGCUCUGCCAUGUUUACAUUCAUUUUGUCAGGGUUGUCUGACAGAUUUCAUAGUGAGUCGUGGUUAUGAGUCUUCGGGACAAUUUCCAUGCCCCGUUUGCCAGAAACCAACGAUGAUUCCACUUGGAGGUGUGAGUGAAUUUCCAGACAACCAUUUGCUAUCAAGUCUUUCAGACACUGUGGUCAAGAAACCAAUGGUUCCUCCACGCCCUAAAGGCAGCCCUAUUGACGGAAGUCUUCGAAGUGUCUCUCCAGUUUCUGGUAAUCUGUACCCACAAGCACCAAGUGACAUUCCAUCCAACGUACCAGCUACUGCAACAAAUGCCCCCUGCAAUGAUGAUCUUUUGCUCAGAUUUGGUCAUCAUGGAACCACCAUAGCAGACUUCAUGAAACCUUAUGGACUGACAGUGGGAAAGAACGGGGAGUAUGUAGUAACAGAUCUGGCAGGGAGUCGAGUUUUAGUGUUUGCAAAUGCUGGUGAACUGAUUGGUCGAUUUAGCUGUGACUGUAAAAUAAGUGGUGUGACAAUGACUCGUGACAAUUUAAUUCUUCUGGCAAUAAAUGGUGCAGGAUCGGCAAUAAUGAGACUAUACAAUAUGGAUGGUCAUGUGCUUCAAACUAUUGGAGAUUAUUAUCGCUUUGAUAAACCCAGUGGUAUAGCUAUAACUUCAAAGAAUCAGACUAUUAUUUCAAACCUGGAGGGCAAUAACAUUUAUGUAUUCACAGAUCAAAAUAAAAUGUCUGUAAAAUUUGGAUGGCAUGGUUCUGGUGACAAACACUUUGAUGGACCAAACUUCAUAGCAGUGGACAGCAAAGAUCAUAUCAUUGUCAGUGACUCUGGUAACAACUGUAUCAAAGUUUUUGACACAGCUGGGAACUUUAAAAGGAAGUUUGGCAAUCUGUGUUGUCCCAUGGGAGUUGCCGUAGACAAGCGAGAUAAUGUCAUAGUUGCUGAUGCUGGGAAUUUCAGGGUGCAAGUGUUUGACAAUCAUGGUAACUAUCAACGAUCGUUGGUUCAAAACACAGAUGACAUUGCACCUGAUGUAAAGCCUUUGAAUGUUGCUGUAACAAGAGCUGGAAAUGUUGCUGUGAUGCUGAGAGGAACACAAUUUUCAGAAAUUCGAGUCUACAAGUGGUUGUCAUAAAAACUUUGUGUCUAAGGACUAUUAUCCAAUCAUCAACUUUAUCUAUGCAAUACUGUUAUUUUGUUACAUUACUUAAAUAAUAUAUGAGGUAUGGAAUAAAAGAACCUGAUACUUCAUCAUACUUGGAUGAAACUUAUGAUCAUAUACCCCCAGAUUACACACAAUCAAUAACAGCUAGGCUUUGGAUUCCCUUCUAUAAAGUGCUACUUUUAAGUUGAGCAUUUAUUGAAUUAUUUAUCAUGUGAUCUGUUUAACUUACUUCGCCAUAUAAAAUUUUACAUACAUGUUCACAUAUAUAUGUACAUAAACCCAUUUUAUUGACAGAUGUAAAGAAAUAUGUGAUAGGGCAUUUAUGAUUCUUUUUCUCUUUUUUUCCA